CGCGAGAUGAAGACGCCGAUUUGAGAUCCGAGGUCCGCGGCAUCCCGAAGAGAGAUCGGCUCGUCCAACGGUCCGCGGAUGCCGGCCGACCAGUUAUGCUUGCCGUACCAUCGCCUCUUGGUCAUCGUCGCGAGUUCUUCUUCCGUUCUCGUUUCACCGCGGCUAGAAACCGAAUAGACCGUAUAAAAAACCUCUAAUAUCACGCCGAUGAAAUUCUACGCGGGUUGUUCAGCCGCUAUCGAAUAAAAUGCAUCCUCUCGUCCUGCGGUGCGGUUAGAUUCCUCCAUAGUGUCCUGUGAACGUGUUUGGCAAAGGAUGUUUUGUGCAGAGUUGCUGUUCAACGAAUUUUUUUAUCCUCCACGUGACACGGAUUAUGUGAUUUGGAUUUAUUUGCAGGAUUGGAUUCGGUCUUGUCGUUUGCUCUUCACGAAAAAUAAAACCGUUCCUGGCGCGUCUCUCUCGUUCGCUUCGUUGGGCGAUUUUGCACCAGCACCGAGGGGGCCUUCCUACCCCGGCACGCUGUUCGAGAAAGUGGACGAAACGAGGAAUAAAACUCCCCGGUAUCAUUCUGCGCACCAUCGAAAAUAUGUCCCUAAUCGAGUCGAUCUGCCUCGCCUUGCACGAUUAGUACCCGACGCUGUUUCUGCCUGAAUUACCGCGGCAAAUACAAGCCAAGAUGGAAACCGAAGAACUUACCAGGCUCGUCGACGGCAUAUACAAAAAUAUUUUGGACAAGUUUAAUCCGGGCGCAAGGCAGCUUAUCAAUGCCGGAAAAGCGUAUCUCAAAGCUCUGCACGGAGCCGCCGCUGCUUCCCGAGUUUACGUCGAUGCUCUAUCCAGGCUGGCGCGACAGGCUCAGCUCGGCACUUGGGGCGGUUCCCAGGAUGUUGGAUCUGCUCUGAUGAGAAUCGUCGAGGUUUACAAGGAGAUACAAGAGCAGGAGCUGAAUAUUCUGAAGGCGUUCUAUGUCGAUUUACUCGUACCGCUUGAGACGAAUUUGGAGAAGGACACGAAAGUGGUGCAGAGCGAGCAAAAGAGAUUCUUACAGCAGCACAAGACGCGUUCGGAAACUUACAGCAAGGCUGCGGCUACCAUUAAGAAACAACGAAAGAAAUCCAGGGGUGCGAGCAAAAGCGGAUUGGCGAUGGACAAGGAGCUUAAAAACAUGCAGAUACUCGAGGAGGAAAAAUCUAAGCUCGACGCUUUCUGCGAACAGAGUUUGAAGAACGCGAUGACUCAGGAACGGCGGAGAUACGGUUUCGUUUUGGAAAGGCAAUGCUCGCUGGCAAAGCAUUACGUGAGUUUUCACGAAGUGGCGCUCGCGGCGCUUCAUCCCUCGGUUGACGAGUGGCGCGAAGUUGCCGGAACUCGGGAAUACCUGCCGCAAUCCGUCGAGGACAUGUUCGCCUCUCGACUCAGGCAAGUGUCCUUCUGGCCCGAAGACGAUGAGAACGGCGGCUCGGAACUGACACUCAGCUCGCAGUUGCGCAAGACUCGAAGCAUGGACAGUUCUUGUCUCGAAUUGCGACUCGGACCGCCACCCGGAAACAAUGCGACACAGAAUCACGGGCCUCCUCUUCAUCACAUCGCCUUGUCGCGAGCACGAUCCGAGGCCAAUCUUCACGCCUCGAGCCUCUCUCUGGGUCCAGAGGCCCCUGAAACACCGCCGAGGCCAAGAUCAAUGGCCCCCGCCUCUCGCAGCAGCGGAAUGGGGGGCGUAGGUGGUGUUGGAACGGGGGGCGGUUGGGGUGACGCGCCUUUGGCGAGGGCGCUUUUCGCCUACCUUAGUUCGGGGGAGAACCAGCUGAGCUUCUUGGAAGGAGACUUGAUCGCGCUGAUGGGUGACAGACAGAAGGGAUGGCAAUUUGGGGAGAACCUGCGUACUCAGAGCUCAGGCUGGUUCCCUCUCGCAUACACCGAGAUCAUCAUCGACGAAACUCUUGGGUCGCCGUCCCGCGCCUCCAACAGCGGACGGACACCCGAGCCGAGAGUCGUACCGCCGUGCAAACCGCCGCCGUCUCGGCCCCCCGUCACUCCAGGAGUCGAAGAGGGCACCUCGAGCAACAGCAGCCACACACCCACCAACAUGUCGAACAGCAACAGUUCCCAAACGAUCACGACGCCGACGUCUCGACAGGCCAAAUCCAUGCGGCCCUCCGGAACCCUGCCCGCGGCCUUGGCCGGCGGUCGCCGAGUCCAGCCUCCCGUGCCUCCGGUCCCCCCACCCCAGGCCAUCACCUCCUUGCACAGCAGCAACGACAGCGGAUUCUCUAACGAGCCUCCGGUCCAUCCUGACAUCGAUUACAGCGACGACGAGGCCAUCAGCAGGCAGCGACGUAAGCCCCGAGCGGAGAGAAUCGCGGAUGCUGACAGGGUACAGGGGACUCAGCAACAGCACGCGAGGGAAGACGGAGGAACAAUGACCAAGGAGUGGCAAAAUGACUCCUGGAAGACCAUACCGAAGGACGAGAACAGCUGGCAGCUAUACAAGAACGCGAUGGACCUAUGGGACAACGUCGAUCAGGGUACGGGGGGCGGCGACAAGCCGGAAACGCGGUACCAUCAACACGUCGAGCGGGAGCGCGAGGAAGCGGAUACCCCGAGGAUCGCGACGAACCCUCGAGCAUACGCGAGGAACUCGGUAGAGCGAAGCAGCAAGGCGGGAGGCGAAGCUUACGAGCGAAACGGGGAGUACUCGAGUGACUACGAGGGGCGGGCCCGACGACCCAGGGAACGACCGAACCCCAACCAGCGGAACAAGUUUCGGGAUGAACCUGCGAGUCCCCCGCGAUACGCGCAGCGGCGAACGACGAAGGUCGCGACUCAGGAGCAGGAGUACAAGUCGGAGAAGCAGAGCGGGCCCGGGAAGUACGGGGCCAACGAGUACACGCCGAGGUACGAGAACAAGGCGAAGAAGUACUACGAGGACGACGUGACCGACGGGAACGAGCAGAGUGGGAUGAGCAACGUACGCCGAGGGUACAAGCCUGUAUCGCAGUGCGAAACUCCGACCGGCUACGACGAGGACGCUAAGCCGGAAUCGGACUCGGACGAGGAGAGCACCGUAACUCUACCGGAAACCGGACGCAAGGUCGAGCACAUUGCGCAGAAGCUGGAACAGACAGCGCAGAAAUACGCGCGGGGCUUGAGUCCCGCUAAAUUCGUCGAUCCGGGGACCGUUGCCGAGCUUAAGGAGGAGUACAAGGACUCUCAGGAUGACGCGGAGGGCAGAGGUUACGACAGGGAACGCGAGAGGGAGAGGGAACGGUACUUCGAGAGGGAGAGAAACUUGGAGAAGAAUCGAAGGGUCGAGCGGGCUUCGAGUCGGCGUUUCGACGAGAGGCCCAGACCGCCGUUCGAGGAGGCCCCGGAUCGGCCGAGGCUUCCGCCUUACCGGGAACGACGGUAUUCGGAAAAGGAAGAGAUUUACGGGGAGACGGUUGGACGAGGGGGACGCGAGAAUUCGGGAGUAGACGGCAAGGAUCGCGGGUACGAGUCUAACUUCGAGACGAAACUGGAGCGCAGCAAAGUCGCAGAGAAGUUGAACAGGGCCGAUCAGCGCGGGCAGAGUCCUCUAAAGUUUGAUAAAAACGCGCAGAAGAUCGCCGAUCACAACGACACGAACUACAACAACAACAACAACAACAACAGCAACAACACCCUGCAGAAGAACGAGAAACGCCUUACCUCCCGUCACGGGAUGUCGAAUUUUGAGACAGACGGCAAGGGACCGAAACUCGUGAAGCGGACCAAGUCCUUCUGGCGAUUCCGGCGCGACUCGGACGUCCUCGAGGGCAUGGCGCUUUGGCAGCAUCGCUCCCUCGUCGACAUACCGAAGAUGCUUAAACGCGAGGAGGCACGCGAACGACGGGAGGAUCACGAGCGCGGAACAUCGACGGAGGAUCGCGACCAUUCGCCGGGGGGGCGGGAUCCCGAAGGGGGACAUCGGGCGGCUAGGGAACGGCCACGCGACCGAGAAAGGGGGGCGGAGGAGCCGAAACCCGCGGAGAGGAUACACAAACCGGAAAGAUCCGGGGAGCAGCAAGCUUUUUCCGACGAUUUCCCCACACCCGCGGAAAGGCCGAAGGUCAGCGAAAGGUCCGAGUACCGGAUGCAGCAACAACAGCAGCAGCAGCACGAGGAACGCGCGUAUUUCGUGGGGAAUAUAUCGAGGAAAGCGAUACUGGAGAAUGAGCGCAAGCGCAGCCUCGAGGCCAAGCAGAACAUGGUCGUCGCCGAACUGAAGGUGACGAACGAGACGAAGAAGAGCGAACGCCGUAAGAAGGCCUACGGCGACGACGAUGACGGUCUUAUUCAAAAUUUCUCCGACACCGAGGCUUCCGACGAAGAGUCUACGUACAGCUGCAUCGUUGUCAAGGAUCAGGUUGUCGCUGAGAAGACUUUACUGCCGAGGACCAAACUCCGCAAGGACGGUGACAGGGAUAAAGGGUGGGGACGGGAGAGGGAAAGGGAUAGGGAGAGGGAGAGGGAGAGAAACACUUGCGGGCCUUGGUACGAUCUCUGGGGAGUCGAUCCUUCCGUAAAGAGUAAGAAACAGUAAAUGCCCGCGGCGUUACCACGGAGGGGAACGACCGGAAACAUCGCUACUUUAUUUUUAUCGUUUGUUAUUGUUCUUCGCUGCAUUUUAUGUAACGCCUAAUUUUAUGUUUAACACACCCGUGUGACCUUUUCCGUUUGUUUCUGUUCAAUUUUAUCUACAACGCAUACGUUUUGGAAGAUACCGCGACGAGAAAUCGGUACCACUUUUUUUCAAGUCGAUAAUAAAAUUGUUCCAACAAUUCCUCCAUGCCGAAUAUCAAUAGAAAAUGUUAUUUCUUUUCUGUAUUUAUGGACCUCUCGUUCAACUUAUUAAAUUAUUACUUUACGGAGACGUUAAAGAAAGAGGGAAUUGAAAAAAUUGUACCGAUUUUGUUCCGUGUCAUUUCGUCUUACGCGUAUGGCUCUAAGAUCUUCUGUCAGUGUGCGAUGUGUGGAUUUUUUAAUUUUUCCUUGUAUGUAACCCUGUUGACCUAAACGUGCAAAAAAAUUUUACGCCCCGAGGUUUACCCUCCAAAUUAUCUGUACAUCAUGAUGUUUACUUUAGCGAGGGAAGAGAACGGGAGAAGAAGAGGGAAAAAAAAAAAUGAAAUAACGAGGGAGAGUGAAAGAGUGGAAUAAUUCUGUCCAGAGGGUGAUGAUGUGACGGAGGGUGAGCGGCGGGGUGUUGAAUCGAGAAAUUUGGCGUCGCUGAAGAGCUUUUUGCGGAUACAUGUUUUGUGUGUUGCUGUUAUUUUUCACCCCAUCCCCUUGUUUUUGCCUUUGUUUUUCGACCGCCGCACGAUAAACAUUAAAACACGAUCGAGGGGCGCAUCAAAAAGUCAUUCAAACUUCCCUGAAUUACUUUACUUGGCAGGAAAUGGCCGGCCCGAUGUUGGCUCUCCCAGAAGCAAACAACACCCGCGUCCACACAAUUGCAAAAUCUCGAUAGUAUUUUAUUGUUUUUUUUUCUUUUCUUCUUUCUCUUUUCACGGAUAAACUUUAUAAUCGCAGCUGUCACACACUUUUGCGUAUUUCAAAGCUCUUAAGCACCGAUCAAAAUAUCGAUAAAGAAUUUUGCUUUUAGAUUACUUUUUCUUCUUAAUAAUUUAUUACUAUGUUAUGAUUUGAGGCACAACGAUUUAAAAAAACAGUACUACACAAUACUCCGGUCUCGUAAAUACGUAUGAGGUAUACGCACAGAGAUUAUUAUUAUCGUUAUUGUUAUUAUUAUUUAAACAUAUAUUUAACUAUAAUGUAUUCUUUUUUUUUUUUCUUUUUAAUCACAUGCAUACGAAACACUGCUUUGCAUCAGGUAAAAAUUCACAAUGACUGCAAAGUGAAAGGGAAUUUGAUGCACAUUUAUCACGAAUGUUGCGGUAGAGAAAAACUUCGCUCCCAUCAUCGAUCCGCGUUGCGACGAAACCAAGGCGAGCUGAAGUAUAUGUAUAAAUGGUGCUUGAAAUUUCAUCGAUGUAAUGAAUGGAAUUUCUUUUUUAAAGGGUGCGAGGAGAGUGCGUCACGCACGCUUAUUUACGAAGAUUACGAGUAGAUGAUUAACGUCCCGCAGGGGUAGUGCAUGCUAUGGUGUCGGUACUAACCUGGGAUUAUUUCAGGGGGAACAUAUUCGCAACGGUGAAGCUCCGCAAGACGAAGACCAACGACCGAUCGGCACCGGCCUUGUCAUGAAACACGCUAUUGUUAUAGAUCGAACGAAGAAUAAAAAUCUUAUCACAUUCCACGGUGUGAAUGUUCGUCCAUCACGUUGUUCGAGAACGCCAUGCAUGUUACGAAUAAAAUACACACGUCAUAGGUGCAAUAUAGGAAGAAGAAAUUAUUUCAAAUUAUAUGUAUAGAAAAUAAUAAGCGGUUAUUUUUCACUGAUAACACGGUGUGACUCGUGUUUCAUCGGGGCAUUAGUAAAGUAAUUCGUUGUUAUCGAUUGUGCAGAAAUAAUAGCUACGAUGCGAGAACGAGAAUUUUAUAAAAAUUACUCUGAAGGCGAGAGAAUAGUGAAAGAAGAAGAAAAAAAAAAGGAAAACGUAUCAAGCUCUCAUUUUUAUUCACCGGUUAGGUUACUAGAAGAAAAUAAUUUUUUAUACACACACGUAUUCGUCCGAUACAUGUAAAAAAUGAAAAUAAAAAAUAAAUAUGUAUAAAUUAUAAAAAUACGACACACCAAACUCACAGGAAUUGAACUUUUCCAGAAGUGCGAAAUAAUCAAAUACGCAAAACUUUGUCUUGUUUAACCGACUGACGGACAGAGAGUUAGGCUGUAGUAGUCUGAUCUAAAAAUAAGAUAAAAUUUUGUCGGAUUUUGAAAAAGGUGCUCAACUGUUCACAUAUUCUCACGAACUUCUCUAUGGGUGGGAGGAUAGCAGAGUCAAAGAAAGUAACGUUAUCCAUCUUCAACGGUAUAAACACUCGUUUAAACCGUGAUUUUCACUCUUCCAAUUAUUUUUAUCUCUAUUUUUGUCUAGCAUUUUCCUGUCACGUCAGAUCGAGAUUCGAGCUUUGAGCCUCCUACGCGUUCCCGUCAAUUUCUUGCUAUCGCUCAUUUCCAUUACGAUUAUUAUUAUUUUCUCGUUCUCAUUUCCAUCCCCUCGGGACUCGAUACUUGAAAUUUCUACAAAAAAAAGAAAAAGAAAAAUAAAACAACGUCUUGGAAGUUUCUUCACUUGAGAAGAAAAUAACUAAGAGAAAAAGAAAUAGAGGUUCGACAACGUUCUCCCGCUGGAUACAUUUGUCCGUCAAGUGUGUGAUCUCAGCUGUUUUAAAAUUCAUCCUUCAACGAGUGUAAAUAACAAUAAUUGAAGUUUUACAAUGUCUGCAUUACGUCUUUCAUCAGGGGUUAACCGACGCAUGAGUUUCAACUUGAGGAAAAAAAAAAUAUGUAAAAAAUACCGUCAAUACCGAGAAGAUGAUAAGGGAAAUAAUUUGAUCACGUUACAUAUUUCACAUCAGCUGUAUUAUACUCCCUGUAUGCGGGAGGUAAAAUAGACGAUCGUAAAGUUGGGGGAAACAGGCGAAUCGGUGCGGUUAUGCAUCGUUACUCCUGUGUGCUCUACGUGGGGAACAAGGGUAGUCGGUGUAUGCCGUCACCGCCUUUCGUAAAAAUGAAACUUUUAUCCAGGCAUCGUGAAACGUGUCGUACGUAUAAACAUCCAGAGCAUGAAGCUUACAGCGGAAGCUCGUAAUAUUCGAACUUUGACCCUCGGAAAUGCAGCAGCGCUCUUCACUUGUUGUGCAUUUAUUUUUCUCACUUUUCUUUUACCCAUUCGCUGAUCGUUAUAUAUAAUAAAUUUCCUCCUCUGUAACGAUGUACAGACACUUCCGUACCUAUGAUAUUUGUCUGUCGUCCGAACUUCUAGCUAAUUAAUUAUGAUAACGACGUUUUCACGUUUAGAUAUCUAAAAUUACAAUUACAAUAUCUGUCUAUUCUACGCUAUGUCUCUGAGCUGGCUGAUUAACGAUUUAUUACUUUUAUUUCUUAUUUCGUACGAUAUCAUUCAUAUAUAGAGUGUGUGAAUAUAUACAUAUAUAUGUAUAUAUAUAUAUAUAUAUAUACUAUAGAAAGUAUGAAUGCAAAUAGCAUGUAUUAAUACAACGAAUUUUUAACCACGUUUACUUUGAUAUAAUUAAUUAUCAAUUAGCCUAAUAAUUAACAUUUCCUGACGUUAUCAUCCAUAUCUUGAAUUUUGUAGGAGCUUAUGAUUCAUGUCGACAGCCGUAUUAAUUCAAAUAUCUCGUUUUAUGUACAAUGCGAUACGCGCGGCGUAUAAGGAUGAAUACAUAUUACCUAUAUAGGUAUUUGUAUAUAAGAAUACAAAAAAACGUAUAUAAUAUAUCAAAUUAUACUUUGUAUAGCUUUGCAGAAAAAGAAAAUGACAAAAAAACAAACUUUAUUAUUAUUAUUAUUAUCAUUAUUAUUAUUGUUGUUAUUAUUAUUAUUAUUAUUAUUAAUUAUUAUAUAAUAAUUAUUGAAAAAAAAUGGUUUAGGGGCGAUUUUUUUAUAACAAUUGCAUAUUAUACCAUAUACAUUAUAUUAUAUAAUUACAUACAUAAAUUUACAAAAUGUUAAUAUAUUACCAGGAAGAAGGUUAUAAAUAAGUCGGGGAUUAAGCAAUAAGCUUCGAUUCGUAAUUUCCAUCCAACGACUCAUCGCGCCGACUGAUUGUAACACGUGAAGUAGGUUAGGCGACAAAAAAAUUGUUAAAAUAAGCACCAAUCACCAAUGUAUACAUUCGAUAUAAUAAUAAUAAGGUAUAUUGUUAUUAAAUUAA